AUGUGUGCCAGCCCGCACGUGCGUACUGUAAUUCGAACUCGACCAGUAACAUUUUUGCCAGUGGACUUGUUCUGCGUGGACGAUGAGAAGGACACAAUAGAGGUCCGGUCCCCUUCUCGAGAAGAGGCGCUUUCCUUUCGGUUCGAUAAAGUGCUCCACGAUGUAACUCAGGAAACCGUCUACAAAGAAUGCGUGCCCUCAAUAUUACAAGGGGCUGUGGACGGACUCAACGGAAGUGUUAUGGCCUAUGGGCAGACAGGCGCUGGAAAGACAUACACCAUGUUUGGCAGCAGCCACAGUUACGCGUCUCGCGGCAUCAUUCCACGCUUCAUCUCUGACUUAUUUGCACUCCUUGAAAAACAGACAGAGUUAGAGGCUUCCGUUUUUGUAUCCUUCUGCGAGAUCGACUCCGAGCUCCUCUUCGAUCUGCUGGCCGACAGCGGACUCGAGGGGCAGACAGGCACGGAGCUGCAGAUUCAAGAGGACGCGAAGGGGGGUCUGACUGUGCGGGGCUUGACUGUGCGUCAAUGCAGCAACUUGGAGGAUGCACUGAACAGCUAUUUCUGGGGUGCGAAUUUGAGGUCAGUUUCGUCCCAUGGCAUAAACCCUUGCAGCAGCAGAAGCCACUGCAUCUUCACCGUGUACGUGCAUUGCAAGAACAACGAUGGCGGAGGAGAGGGAGUGAAAAGCAGCAAAAUUCAUUUUGUAGAUCUUGCCGGCUGUGAGCGACCCAAAAAGACACAAGGUGAUGGGCCCCUGCUUAAAGGGACAGCAUUCAUCAACAAAAGCCUGUCUUUUCUGGAAAUGGUGGUCGUGGCUUUGGGUGAGAAAGGCAGGGACCAUAUACCUUAUCGCUCCAGUCGUCUAACGCACUUGCUGAAGGAUACUCUUGGCGGUAACAGCAACACAUGCCUGAUAGCAAACAUCUGGCCGGAAAAGGAGCACUUGGAGGAAACAGUGUCAACAUUGCGUUUCUCUCAGCGAAUGAUGAGGGUAUAUUCAUGCGUGGCGAACAAGGCGGUGGUAAAUCUGACGAUUGAUCCUCUUGCACUUUCCAAAAGACUGGAGAAAGAUGUGGCACGUCUUCGCCAAGAACUCCAAAUCACCAAUUCGCUCAUGGGCAGGCACACCUUGUCCUACGACGCAUCGUCUCCUGAGGAGCUGGAAAAAAUGCGCAAGAUGGCAACUCAGUUUCUCAACGGUGAACAAGAGGCGAUCCAAUUUACCUCUGUCAGGCAAGUUGAAGAGCUUCUGCAAAUGAUGAGGUCUGUCUUCCAAGAAAUGGCGGCAACAAUUCGGCGGGAGGCAGCAGAAGCAGUAUCUGCUGCUGUUUCGUCCCCAGACAGUGAUGUUACGGGGGCUCAGGGGGCCAAUGAGCCUGCGGGAGCCUCCAAAGCUAAGGGUACACCGGCAACUCCAAAAGCGGGGAAAGACCAAAACAAGGCCAAUCAGCAAGGGAGCUCCCAAGGCUCACCACAGCAAGGGCCUAAACCGGUGCAAAAGGUUGGGUAUGAAGACCCCUCAGUAGGUGGUAUUUCUUUAGGAACUGACCCGGACCAGUCCGAAAUUGCUGUGGCCGACCGGCAAAACGGCUCCCGGCGAGCAGCUUCGCCUCAGUCCAACGGCGAGAGUGUGCGUGGGUCUGGCACUGCAGUGCCGGGCUCCACUCGUUGCUGGGACAGACGAGAGGCCUACAGCCAAUUUAGAGAAACAGAAGGCAAAGAACUAAGCAAAAUCAUAAGGAACCUUUCACAGCAACAAGCCCAACAAAAGCAACAACUUAAAGCUAUUAGCAAGGUCUGA